AUGUCGUCCAGUGAAAUUGAAGAGUUUGUGAACGGGACACUCGUUUCGUGGAUUGAAUCGUGCUUACCGCGGCAUGAAAUAAUCGCCGGAUACGUGUCACUGCUCGAUGGCACGAUAUUGCACAGCGUGUACCUCCAGAUAGACCCCGAGCCACAGCAUCAUCCGGCAAAGAUACGCGGCACCGCGGAAGUGCUGACCUCGCUUGCCGCAGCCCGAACGCGAAAUUUUGACGCCAUCGUGAAGAACCUGCGCAAUCUGUACGAUGAAGAGCUUGGUCAAACCAUCCUGACGCUGCCGGACUGUUCGGUGUUGGGACAUUCGCCCGAAUCCCGGGCCGGGCUGGAACAGAUGAAACUCCUCAUUACGUUGCUGCUUGGGGCGGCAGUCCAGUGUCCAAACAAGGAGAUAUUUAUCGCCCGCAUUAAAGAGCUGGACGUAAACACGCAGCAUGCAAUCGUGGAGGUGAUUAAACAGGUUACGGACAGCCAGACAUUGGUCCUCACGCAGGAAGCUCUGGAACAGCUGUCCCCCGAGUUGAUGUGCAAACACAUUGUCCGAUUAGCGAAGGAACGCGACCAGUACCACGGGAAAUGGAUGUCCUCCUUCAUCACCGACAGUGAGCAGCAAGCGCUCGUAAACAGUUCCAGCUCCAAAAGCAGCCUCCACAAUGCAUCAUCCGCAUCGACCAGCACGGCCAAUACACCGUCGACCACGUCCGAGAACAAUCAUCUGGCGGUGGAGCUGGCCGACUACAAAUCGAAACUGCGAAAGUUGCGCCAGGAGUUGGAGGAAAAGUCGGAACUGCUCAUGGAGGUAAAGGAGGAACUGGACCACAAGUGUAACCAGUACGAGAAGCUACGCACGGAGAGCCAAGACUGGUACUCCGAGUCGCGGCGGGCUGCAGCGUAUCGCGAUGAGGUGGAUGUGCUCCGGGAACGUUCUGAGCGGGCCGAUCGGCUCGAAAUUGAAGUACAAAAAUUGCGCGAAAAGUUGUCCGAUGCAGAGUUUUACAAAACGCGCGUGGAAGAAUUGCGCGAAGAUAAUCGGAUGCUGUUGGAAACGAAAGAGAUGCUGGAGGAACAGUUGGCACGGUCUCGUAAGCGCAGCGACCAAGUGAUGACACUCGAGGCAGAAAUUAUCAAGUUUAAGCAAAUGAUGAACGAUAUGACGCUUGAGCGGGAUGUGGACAAAAGCAAAUUGCAGGAAUUGUUAGAGGAGAACGUACAGUUGCAGCUGGCCACGAAGAAUCUAAUGGCCGGGCCGGAUGCUAAUGUGGCGAACCAGGCUCAAUCCGACACAGACACAGAUGAUCUUCCAUCAAACGACAACAGUCUCUCGGAACAGUUAACCACUAACGCACAAACUCGGGCGCUAAAGUUGGAGCUGGAAAAUCGUCGAUUACUGGCCGCGUUGGAUAGCCUGAAAGAAUCAUCCUUCCACGAAAACUCCAACAAGAUCCUGGAGCUAGAGAAGGAUAAGAAAAAACUGUCGCUGCGUCUGGACCAAACGCAGGAAAAUUGUAACCGGCUGGUGCAGCAAAACAGCGAGCUGGAAAACGUGUUUAAGAAUGCGCUUGAAGAAAAUAAGAAGCUGCAGGACGCGAUCGAUUCGAAGCAGCAAAUGAUCGACCGACAGACGCACGAUCGUGAACUCGAUCGCAUUCGGCAGAUCGAUCUGGAAAAGCAAAUCGAAUCGCUGACAAAGGAUAAACAGCGGGUCCAGAAUCUGUUCGAGAGUAUACAGCGCCGCACGAUCGAUUUGGAGCGUUCCAUCGACACCAAGAGUAAGGAAAGUGUGCAGCUAAACGAACGGUUGAAAGAGCUGGAAGAUGUGCGCAAGGAGCUGUACGAUUUGCGAGGCAAGUGCUCUACCGUGGAGCGUGAAAACGUAAACCUCAACAAGGAACUGGUCAAGUACAAGGAAGUGUUGGAAAAGUGUGAACACGAUCUCGACACAGUCGGUGGUCAGCUAGAUGCGAAGGAGAAAGAAAUCGAACAGCUUGCCAAACAGGUUGACGAAAGUUCGGGCGUGCUGGUAAAAUUACAGGAGCUCGAGAAGGAAAAUCAAGAGUUGCUCUCUCAGCAGAAAAUGCACUCCGAUACGAUCGCCACGCUACAGAAAGAUCUGUACGAUGGAACGAUGGCAACGAAGAAGGUAAAACAAAACCUCGAGCGACUCGGGCUGAACGAUACCGAGCUUGAGCGGAACGACAUGAACGUGGAGGUGUUCGUAGAAAAGCUUUGCAAGAAUCCGGAAUCCUUCAAAACGGUGCGUGAGAUAGUGCUGAAUGUGGUGGGCAAGGAUCAGGGAUCCUCGUCGGGUGGCACCAAAUCCGCCGACAUCUGUGUUCUAUGCCAUCGUCAGGAGAUAUACACUGUUGAGAAGAACAUCGAGUUUUCAAACUGUGACGAAACAGUCCCCGACAGCGCAUCGAAUGUAUCCGAGCUGGAGCAAAAGUUGGAACAGUUAAAGCAAGAGCACACUUCGCUACUCGCUGCCCAGGAAUCGCUGCAGGAGGAGAACGCUCGGCAAAAGGUGAAAGUAGCAACUCUCGGGUCACAGAUUGCGUCACUCAACACACAGCACGUUGCGUUGCAGCUAGCCAACUCUCAGCUAGCCGUCGAGAAGGAUAUGCUGGUCAAGCAGGUGGAAGCCAAGCGCCAGCAGUACGAAUCGUUGCAGCACGAUUAUGUGGCGCUCCAAUGUCUGCACGAACAGCUGAGCAGCGACUACGAUGCGCUGAACGGCGAAAAGGAACUGCUGAAGAACACGAUUCGUGACCUGAAGACGGAAAAUCGAGAUUAUCGAGAACGGACGGUAGCGCUCGAGCGCAAGAUCGAAGAACUGCAGGCAGAAUUGCACUCGAUGAAGGAUGGGUUGACGAAUUUGAACAAUCUGCGCGCGGAGCACUCCAAACUGAAGGAUGAUUUCCGGUGUCUGUUCACGACGAGCGAGAGGCUCAAGCAAGACUACAAGAACUGCCACGAUCAGUAUCGAGCGUUCCGGACGGAGAACAGUCGGCUGAAGCUGCGCAAUACCGAGCUGUCUGGGGAGCUGACGAACAAAAAGGAGCAAAUCAGCAAUCUGGAGAUUGAGUACACCAAAAUAAACCAAAGAUGCGAGAUGUUGCUUAACAUGAACGCCAGCCUAGACAUCGAUCGACGCACGUUGAUGGACCACGUGUCCCAGAUUCUCGCCCAGUAUCAGGAGCUGUUGGCUCACUCUCUGGAAGACAAGCAGCAUUACCAUGACGAGGAGAAGAACUUCACCGAUAAGCUGAAUAAUCUGAACCGUCAGAAGGAAAAACUGGAGGAGAAAAUAAUGGAACACUAUCGCAAGCUGGACAGUUGUUCACCGAAAAAGAAACCUUUUGGACUGAAUCUGGUAAAGAAAAUGCGUCGUGCUGGAUCGGAGCUGAUGAAUCGUGUCCCAAAUAGGAAUCGCCGUUCCUGGGUGGAGGAACAACGUCUCACCCAAAGCCAGUGUCUUUCGAUGGGCUCCGAAUCGGGUGGCAACGAAUCGGACAAUAGUAUUGAAGAGCCCAAUUCGGUCGCAUCCGAUACGAACUUGCUGCAGCGUGGUUCCCAACUGCGCCAAAGUCUCCAGAGAAAGCCAAACAAUGAGGCGCUGAAUGCGACACUGCUCCGUGGAGGAAUUCGCAGCAGUCUACAGGCUUCCCGACGAGAUGAAGUGAAUCCCGCUCACCGAAACAGUUUCCAGGGGUUUGAUACGGCAACUGAUGCUUUGAACCUUGGCACAGCUGGCACUCGUCGUACGGUGUACCUGGAUGAUAAGAUCGUCAACUCCGGCUCAAGCACACCGACCGGUGGCGUGGCCGUAAAUCCGUCUCCUCCACCAUCCAUCUCUACACCACCACCUCCGCCUCCGCCCCGUACGGAUCAAAAUAGUGGCCCGAAUCAUGGUACAACCAACGCCACCAGCCAGUCGAAUUCGCCCGGAGAGCCUACGUUCGUGUUGCUGAACAGAAUUUCCACCACAACGACUACGCUAAAGACGGAGACCACGUCGAACUUGUUGCCCGGUGGCGCUCAACAGAUGGAGGUGAGCGGCAACCCGUCCGGGGCACCAAAUGCCGGUUCGACGGCACUUUGUGGAAUGGAGGACAGUAACAAGAAGGAUUCAAAUGGAAACAACAGCAAGAAGAAAACGGAACCGAAGAACAGAGAUAGCGCGAUAUGGUACGAGUAUGGAUGUGUUUGA